AUGGGUGGUGACGAUCUCGGAAGCGAAGAUGAAUUCUUGACGGCUCCCCUAAGAGCAGAGGAUGCGUCGGAUGAUGAUACCUCGUUGAGUGAUGAUUCUAGUGCAGAAUCAAACAAUCAGGCUUCCAAGCGCAGUCUGGUAGAAACCAAAGAAACAGGAGCAACGCCGUCCAAAAAGCAGAAACGAGAGGCCCGCGCUCUUGGUGACGGUGUUCGGGACAAAUCAGCAAAUGAGCAAGCCAUAGAGCUGGCGAAAUUUGCAGGAAUGAAAGUCCAUGCUGGUCAGAUUGCAAUAUCCGACAAUCGGAAUUCUCCUUCGCUCAUGAAGAGAAUCCAAGGUAUCAUUUCCAAAAAGAAACUAAAGAAACACAACAAGAAAGGGUCUCCACUGGUUGUAGUUAUCAGUAUAUCUGCACGACGUGCAGUUGCUGUGCUGAAAGAGUUAUCGCCAUUUAAUGUCCGAGUGGCGAAGCUAUUCCCGAAGCAAGGCAGUAUUGAAGAACAAGCAACCCAGAUGCAAUCGGGAAGCAUGGCCAUGGCCGUGUGUACUCCACACAGACUGCUGGCGUUGGUAAAGGAGGGAGCUAUGGGCUUCGGUGCUACCGAAUUGCUCGUAAUCGAUACAUUCGCAGAUAAGAAACGGUUCACAGUAGCGUCGCUUCCUGACACUGCACCAAGCUUGGCUGAGCUACUGAAAGAGGCAAUGAAGGAAGAACGCAAGAACCAAAGGCCACUUCGAGUUGCUUUGCUGUAA